AUGGAAGAAGGAGUCGCAAAUGUUCAAAACCGAGCUGAAGAAAUUGUGAAUCCUGUUACCACUGAUGUAGAACGGCCGAUAAAUAAAAUCGAAGAAAGUCAUCCAGCGGUGGAGGACGCGGAAAGUAAAAAGCCGAUUAUUUCCGAACAAUCAGCCGAAAAAGGAAACGUCACACUUGAUGGAAAGGAAAAUGAAAAUUAUUCAAACAGUGAUGCUGGAUCAGGGAUAAUGGAAAAAAUCGGCAGAGAUAACACUGUCAUCCAGUCACGUCAGAUUAAAGUUAAUUUCGAAGCAGAUGAUGGCCAAAAAGAAAAAGACAUCAAAAUAAAAACUCUAGUUGAAGGUAAGCGACCUAGACAAAAGGUCGAACGCUUGGAGUCAACGAUUUUAAACACGCCGUCAAAAGGGGUCGAUAUUCCUAAUGGAAAAGGAAUCAAACUUCAUGAUAUUCCUUACGGUUUGAAGCACAUUGAUUUGGAGUUUUUGCUCACUGUCUUUUUAGUCGAAACAAUGAUUAAAAAAGCUGAAGUACUUGAUUUAAAGUAUUUGCACAGAGUGGUUUUCGGCAAGUUCGGCACGAAUUUAGAAAUUCGUAAGCACCUGCGUGUAUUCAGCGGAUAUGAAUUUGACGAAACUUCAGAAGAUUUCACCAAGCUGAAAUAUAGUAAAAAAGUCGUAGGUCAUCGAAGAAGUGUUUCACGUCGUUCAACAAAAAAACUGGUUGAAAAGCAGGAGAACGGUAAAGGAAAGAAAAUGGAAUCCAGCACAUCCGAAGAAGCUACACCUAAAAAAAGAAAAAAUAAUACGGGAAAGGUAGUCACAUCACGAUCAACAGCAAAAAAAGUACCCAAAGCGAAGAAGGCAACGACGCCGGAGCAGCUAGUUGAAGCGAGUACGUCUACUGCAGAUAAAAAGCCAGAAAUUCCUUCGGACGAAGGACUAAUCGUCAUCGUAAAAGACCUACUCAAAGGAUUAAACCUUGAACAAGUUACAAUGAAGGACAUAUGCGAUCAAUGCUUCCUGAUUCUUCUGCCCGUUGCGCUCUUCCACGAAAAAUCAGUGGAAGAGCUGGAGAAGUUCAUGUCCCGUAGGGUCGUGUUUACUGGUGAUGAAAAGUGGGAACCACAGAUCAACAGGCGAAUUGGAAUGGCCAGCGGGCGCCGUCCUGCGUGGAGUAGCCUGAAUCGCCGUGACUAA